AUCAUUUAGAACCUUUCGGAAGUGAAAUGAUAAAGUCUAAAGAUCCCUUUAAGGACUUGAUUUCACGAAGAAUUCUUCCUGUUUCAAGUUAUGAAACAGUCCGUAAAAAUUUAAAUAUUGAAUUUGGAAAAGAAAAUAUACAGCUUUUCAGAAAGUUUUUGGAAGAUAAUGCGGCAGCUGUAUCGAUAAAAAAUCAUCCUGCAUUUAUAGCAAGCAUUUUAUCCGCGAUAGGAUUUGUAGCUCCUUCUAAGAUUUUAAUUUCAAACUCUAAUUCUUCACAUCUUUCCGGUCAUGGUUCAACAAUACUUGCAAUUCCUCUACCAAACUUCGUUUCUUAUUCAAAAGGUUACAAUCCUUGGGAAGAAUUAUUGUUACCUAGUACCAAUCCUUUUACACAUUCAAAUAGGCUUGAAAUAAUAAAUGAAGUGUUUUAUAGAUAUUUAAAUGGAGAAGCACUACUUAGAUUCGAAUGGAAGACUUAUGG